AUGAUCUCAUUCAGUAUUUGCACGUUUACUCCAUCAGAGAGACCGAUUGAAGGAAUAAUUGAAGAGCACAAUUUAGAUGGUUUGGUACUAGAUCGUGUAGGACAAGAACAUCAAUCACACCGCUCAACUCUUCCGACACCCCCACCUCCAAUGGAAAUGAGUUUUGACGACGUAAGGAUACCUGAAGAAACAGUUCAUUUAGAAGGGAAUAAGGAACCUAAAAACGACAUGCAAGAAAGGAUCAAGGCAUUGGAAAACUUUGUGACAUUGGAUGAAGAAUUUAAAUAUGAAACCAAUCCAAGACCUUUGCUUUCAAUACUUGGCGACAUGGUCACUAGUUUACGAUCUCCCUGGGUAGGAACACGUGCGAUUGGAGAACUUUGCACUAGUUUUGAAAGAUAUCUUUCAAGAAUGAAGUUCAUGCUUCCAGGAUUGAUGCGUUUGAACAAUGUUAUGGGAGUUCGAAUUGUGACUAAUGAACAACUUGAAAAGAUUAUGGUCGAUCUACUGGAAUUUUUACAACAAGAAGAUUUGGAAUUGUAUGAAAGACUUUGGUCUCUGAGUGUGCUUAGAAACCUUCAAUUCUUGUUACCGAUAGGAAAGGUGAACCCAAUUAGAGAAGAUCCAAAUACAGGUGGUGUCUGCCGCGGAGGUUUGGAGCUCUUUUUGUUGAAAGCUGAUAGGACGGAAAUGAUUUCAGCUGUUACUGAAGCUCUCAAGCGAGUUGAGCUGAUUGUGACCAUCAAAAAUUACCUUUUGAACACUGAAGGAAACCUUCAAACGCCCGGAUUGAUAAAAAUACAUGACCAAUUACUUCAAAAUAGGUCCUUGACCAAAGCAGGGAUUAUCAAGUCAUUGGCUUCACAAUCUGUUCAUCACACGUUUCUUGAAAAUACACCAGAUGGAGAAAUUGAAUGUUACUCCCGGAUAAUGGAACAUCUAGAGUUGUUUUAUCCGGCUGCCAAGCAAUUUGGCAUCACUGAAGGUUCGAGGCGAUUCAAGCUAAUUACAAAGAUCAGAACUUACCUUCAGGAUUUUGACAGAAACCCUCAAACACAUGCAAUUAAGACGAAAUACAAUAAGUUACUUCAUACAAAGUCCAUGGAUGAUGCAUUGAUUGUCAGGUCAUUGGUAUUGGAAAGUUUGCAACACAUGAACAUCAAAAAACCGGAUGAGGAUGUAGAAUGUUUGUAUGAUAUAUUGCAAUAUCUGGAGACGUUGCACCCAAAUUCCGAGCCGUUUAAAAUCACAGAACCUCUGGAGCGAGUCCAGCUAAUUAUGAACAUCAGAAACUAUCUUCACGAGGCUGGAAGAAGCCUUCAAACAACUGCCAUUCUGAAUAUACACAACACAUUACUUAAAACAAGCUCUUUAUACAAGCCUAAGAUAGCCAAGUUGCUGGCAUCACAAUGUAUGGAUCAUAUAGUUCUUGAAAAUGCCCCACAUGAAGAAGUCCAAUGUUUAUAUCAUAUAUUGAAAUACCUCAAGAAAUUUCAUUCAACCACCGUACCACUUAUCAAAACAAGGUUAUCAAGCAAUGGACCAUUUAGAAAAGUUUAUCGGAAAUUCAAGUCUCAAGCUGAAUUACAACCUCAUCUUCAAAGAUACUUUGAGAAAGAAGAUAAGGACCCUUACAUCAUGGGCCUUCUCUUGCCAUUUAUAGGUUGGCACUCAGUAGAAUUAUCUUAUGUUAAACAUUGUUUACAUAUAUUGAAUAUCCAAGACACUGCACUUGCAUCAAACAAAGGAGAACUAUAUGGUUUAGAUGUCAGAAAAGGGCAAAAGUAUCAUGAAGAUCAAGACUUUUUCAUUGAAAUGAUGUACAAAGCAAGUGUCUAUAUUGAAGGACUUCAAACAUAUCUGGAUCUUCAAGUCCCAAGAAAUGGGGCUGGUCAAUAUGAAUUCAUAUCAAGUGUUCCACUUGCCAAUCAAAAAGAAACACCUGAAAAAUGUCAAAUUUGUCUAGGAGGAUAUUUGGAGGGUCAAAGAGUUGUCAAAUUAGGAUGUUACAGACCUCAUCUGUUUCAUGAACAAUGUAUAAAUGUAAGUCACUGGAUCUGUGGAUUCACUCACAAUAAACAACUAUGA